AUGGCCAUUGUUCAGCCCAACUUGAAAAAAUUCGAAAUAAAAGAUGAUCCACCUUCUCUCGUUCGCUGCAGUGCUCGCGUGCUUCGUCAACGGUUCAAUAGCAUUUCGACGUGCGAGAGAUAUAUUUCAACAGGUGAGAAAAUCGCGGCCACUACAAAUAUUGAGAUCAAGAAGAAAUCGACAACCCCGUACGAGCAAGACCAGAAGGAAUAUUGGUUAUCGGAAUGUGGAAGAUCGCAGCCUUCAUGUAUCCUAGUGCCGAAAACUCCGGAGGAGCUGUCGAUAAUCGUGAAGACUCUCGGGAGGAAUAAGGAGACCUUUGCGGUGAACAGUGGUGGUAAUAAUCCGAACGGCAACUUCUCGAGCGUCAACGGCGGGCCUCUUAUUAGCCUAAAGGAUUUCAAUGAGAUCAAAUACGACGAAGCACCAGGCACAGUAAAGAUUGGCGCCGGUAACCGCUGGACCCAUGUUGUCAAGAUUCUCGAACCAACCGCAGCUGGAGCUCGUAUAGGACAUGUUGGUGGCGGUGGAUUUAUUCUUGGGGGUAAGCAUAUGUAUAUGAACACAGUGGUUCAAUUUGAUGUUGUACUCGCAAGCGGAAAAAUCGUCGAAGCAUUCAGCAGUGAGAAAGUUGAUCUGUUCAAUGUUCCUCCGUGGCGGCGGGAAUGCCUAUGGAAUCGUCACCACCUACACUUUAAAAGCACACAAAAUGGGUAA